AUGCGUCGUCACUUCCGCACUCACGGUCCGGACGCCAUCUCUCCCAUUCUUCCGCCAUUCGGAAGCCUCGUCGUUGGCGACCAUGCAUCCCCUUUCCCUCCUUUUAGCUCUCCACCGUCCACGUACUCUGGCAGGAGUGACUAUCGGCCACAUGUCUACGGCUCAGAUAUGAGCUACGGCAGCGAUAGCGACUGUGAAGAUGGGUCAGACCAGGGCGCCCUGAGCGACGGCGAUACACGUCAAGAUAUCCUGGAAAAGACAAAUGUCUCCUUCUCACGGAUAAAGCUCGGCUCGUACUCAUCCUACAGCGACUCUAGGGCCGCGCCGCGAGGGCACUAG